UCUGCACACUAAUUAGUGAUUACAGGGGAAGAUGAUGGAGGAACAUCAACUUGAUUACGCACUUGUGCCUCUAGGUCUGGCCAUUUUUCUAGCAUAUCAUGCCUGGCUUAUGUUCACUAUAAUUCGGUAUCCAAGAAGAACAGUUAUCGGAAUCAAUUCUGAGUCUCGCCAUAACUGGGUCCUCUCCGUUAUGACUGAUCCAAUAAAGAACGGAGUUCUGGCAGUUCAAACUAUACGCAACAACAUUAUGGCGUCUACCCUUUUGGCGACAACCGCAAUUACUCUCAGCUCAAUCAUUAGCGUAUUUGUGAGCAACAAAUCAAGCUUUACA